GUGAAAGUUUCAGAGCGAUAGAAAUUACAAGAUGGCGGGAAGUGGAAGGGGGUCGAGAUUCUCACUCCUGCUGCUCCCUCUGUUGAUUUCUUUCUCCGUGCUGCCCUGCAUAUCUGCCGCUUACAAGCCAGGCGACAUCGUCCCCAUGAGCAAGAUGGGCCUUUAUCACUCUAUGAAAACCGAAUGGCAUGAUAUGAUCGGUCGACACUGCCCAAUUUUUGCCGUGAAUCGUGAGGUGUUAGUUCCUCUAGUGAAGCCGAUGGACUAUACAGGAGCUGAUGCUUAUAAAAUAUCAUUUCAAGUUGGGAGAGAAAAGUUUUUAGUACCAUGGCUUUUUGUGAUAAAUCGUAAAAGUUCCGAGGUCCCAAUGAUUGAUGUUCAUUUGAGGUAUUCAGGAAGUGAUUUGCAUGGUGUCACUGCUAAAGUUGUGGAUAUGCCUCACCACUACGUAGAAAUCCAUCCAGAUAUUCAUAAACAAUUUUGGGAUGCUCAGCACUGGCCAAAGCAUGUGUUGGUCAGAUAUACAUGGGAGGAGCAAUCAGAGAUAGACGUGACAUCUGGAUUUUAUGUACUGUUUGGAUCGGGUCUUAUGCUUUCUUUUAUUCUGUCGAUAUACAUUUUGCAAUCAUCACGGGACAAGUUAGCAAGGUUUGUGAGGGAGAGAGUCGCAGAAAGCAACAUGCCUGCUGGAGGUGUGGCAAAGGUUGAAUGAUAGAACACCAUUGAAAGCGUCGAUAUAUUGUCUGCUUGUGCAACUCAGUCCGAAAGAGAGUGAAAUUGGUUGGGGUAGGUACAGUGAACGCGUAUGUUGUUAUCUGAAUUCACUCAAGAAGGUCGAUCUCCAAUCUCUCUAGAAGAAGAAAGCUGAAUGAAACUAAAACUGCCGCUGCGCCUGGUCCGAGAUUUAACUAAUCAGAUUGAUAUGUAGGUCAUAAACGUUUCUUUGUAAACUCUCACUUAUGUACCUCAAGAAUAUGUAUAAUUUCUUUUUAAUCUAACAAAUCAACUUGCAUAUUGAA